AUGCCGCUUAAUUUCCCCAGUCGCCGCAAAUGGCUCCUCCUUGGACUCAUUUCCUCCAUCACCCUCAUAAGUCCGCUUGCAUCCUCGAUGUUCGCACCUGGAGUCUCGUUCAUGGAUGUGGACCUUCACAACACCAACACAACCAUCAGCGCUCUGACAGUCAGUAUCUUCGUUCUUGGCUACGUGGUCGGUCCGCUGUUCUUGUCGCCUCUGUCGGAGAUCUAUGGCCGCCGGCCAGUACUCUUCGUUGCUAACGCGCUCUUCUGCGUUUGGCAAAUCGGUUGUGCUCUUGCUCCCAACAUCAGUGCUCUUAUCGUGUUCCGUUUCUUUGCGGGAAUUGGAGGCUCUGGUUGUUUGACCAUUGGAGGAGGCGUCAUUGCAGAUCUGUUUCGUCGUGAGCAACGUGGGAUGGCGACAGCCAUCUAUGGUGCUGGACCCCUCCUCGGCCCAGUCAUUGGCCCAAUAUGCGGUGGAUUUAUUGCUGAACGAGCUGGGUGGCGAUGGGUAUUCUGGGUCCUCCUGAUCGCAGCGACACUGACAACAGCUGGCGUCGAGAUGCUCAACCGUGAAACUAACCCACGCGUGUUAAUCCGGCGGAAGACAGAAGCCCUCCGCGCCAGUCUGAACCGCCCAGAGCUCAUAUCUGCCUACGAUACAGCCGGUGGUGAGCAGAGCAAGGUGACCAUCCUCCGAAGUGGCUUGCUCCGGCCCCUCAAGAUGCUUUUCCGCUCCCCCAUCGUCUUUCUAUUGGCCCUGUAUAUGAGUGUAGUGUACGGCCUUCUUUAUCUUCUGUUCACCACCAUCACAGGUGUGUUCCAAGGAUCCUACGGCUGGCACCCUGAAAUCUGCGGUCUGGCAUAUAUCGGCGUCGGUCUCGGUUUCUUCUUAGGCUUAGCCACCGUUGCCAAGAUAUCAGAUGCAACCGUUAUCCGAAUGACCAAGGCUAAUAACGGUGUCUUCGAGCCCGAGAUGCGAUUACCCGCCUGUGUCAUCUUCGCCAUGUUCAUCCCCAUCACCUUCUUCUGGUACGGCUGGGCCGCCGAGUAUCACGUCCACUGGAUCGUGCCAAUCCUAGGAUUGAUGCCGUUCGGAUUCGGCAUGAUCGGCAUCUUCAUGCCCAUCCAGACCUAUCUCAUCGACAGCUUCCCAGACUUCGCAGCCUCGGCUCUCGCCGCGCUGACCGCGAGCCGCUCUCUCUUCGGCGCCCUCCUCCCCCUGGCCGCACCGUCCAUGUAUUCGAAACUGGGCUUAGGAUGGGGAAAUAGCGUUCUUGGCUUUAUUGCUCUCGGGCUAAUCCCAGUGCCAGCCUUAAUGUUCAAAUUCGGCGACGAGGAGCGGAGAUCUAUAAAUGUUAACUGGGUUCUCUAA